AGUUUGAGUUCAAUUCUUUACAACCUAGAGCCGCGACAUAUUUACGUUCCAGAACAGCCUCUUAAAAAUGAACAACAGUUCCGCUGCAGAUCCGUUCACCGACGAAGACGUUUUCUUUGGUUUCAGACCAGAGUUUUCGUAUCCUGUUGCAGCCUGUUACAUAGUUAUCACAGUGGUGGCGGUCUUUGGAAACUUCUUGGUCUGUUUCGCAAUACUUGCUAACCGGCAUCUCCGCCGCAAUCCCACGAAUCUUUUCAUUUUUUCCUUGGCUCUUUCAGAUUUUCUCGCGGCAACGAUCGUGGUACCGUUUGAUAUAGAAUCACUUUUCCUUGAUGGUGCAUGGAAUCAUGGAAGAGCAUUCUGCAUAGUUUGGCAGGUGGUGUACAUGAUUACUAUACCCAUCUCGAUUUUCAGCCUAUUGACCAUCAGUGUGGAUCGAUAUAAAACCCUCAGUGAUCCUUUGUCGCGGUUUAAGAAUUCACAGUUUAUGACCCAAACCAGAGCUCGAAUUGUCAUAGCGAUCAUCUGGCUGUAUUGCCCACUAUGGCCGUUUUUUGUCCUCAUGGGUUGGCGAGAAGAAGGAGAAGCAGAUGAUGAUGGCAUCUGCAUACUGCCAUACACAAAGAACUAUAUCCUUGUUUCGUCCUUUCUUAAUGUUAUUCUUCCGCUAAUGAUCACAUGCUUUUUUUACGUCCUCAUAUAUCGCAUUGCUGUCAAGAACAAUCGAUCCACCAAACGAGGCACCUUUCCUUCGAUGCGGCAGCCCUCCAAGGAUGAAAAAAAGGUGUAUUUGAGAAAUGUCAAAGCGGCUAAGACGACUUCAAAGUUCGUUUUGGCGCUGUUCUUCUGCUGGCAACCUCACUUUUAUUUUGCCAUUGCCAGUGCUAUUGACGGAGAAAACUGGGAACCGUUUCCUUACGAAGUUCACUCAGUGGUGUUGAUGUUUGGUUACCUUAACUCAGCACUUAAUCCGUUUCUUUUUGCCUUUUCCAACAAAAGUUUUAAGGCUGUUUAUAAAAAGCGUAAACCAGCUUUAAAACGGGCUGAACCGUGCACAUCGUUUCGCCGGCUCUCAACGUUUUCACAAAGCACUGUCACCUCCGAUAUUCCGGAGCUGGGAAGCGGUGUCCGUCUCCGAUCCAUAUCCUAUUAUGAAGAUUCAGUUUUUGAAUCAGUGCCUGAGGCAGAGAGGUAGCUGUGGUGAGAACUCAAGAAGGUAAUUUAAGAUCUAGAAUCUUUUGGUUAAAAAGGCUGGGUUAUUUGAAUAUGAUUUACCAACAGACAUUAUAUUGUUGCAUUAUUGCGAAGCUCUUAAUUUGAAUAUUGUAAAGCAGCUACAUUACAAAUAAGAAUUUUCCUAAGCACUUAUAUAGAUCCGUCACGUAAU